CACACAUGGUGCCAUUGGAGGGGCUUCUCAUGCUGAGAGUGGCAGGUGGAGCGGGGUCACUGGGGAAACAUGCUGCCGUGUCAUUAUUAGACUGGUAUGAUCUGGGCACAGAGGUCCUGCUUGUCAUGGAGAGACCAGUCCCCUGUGAGGACCUGCUGGCCUACCUCGAUAAGAAUUUGUUCCUGAGGGAAGACCAGGCAAAGAAGAACAUCAUGAAGCAGCUGGUGGAAGCAGCAAUUAAGAUGCACUCUUGUGGAGUCUUCCAUCGGGACAUUAAAGCAGAAAAUGUCCUCGUUGAUUUUAGCUCGGAUGUCCCUCGUGUGAGAAUCGUAGACUUUGGAAGUGCCUGCUUGGUGACGGAGAUACCGCACAAGUCCUUCUGUGGAACCACUGCCUACAUCCCUCCAGAGUUUUUCCGGCUUAGCACAUACGAGGCGGGCCCCAGCACAGUCUGGCAGCUGGGCGCUCUGCUCUAUGAAUUGGUGGACAGCCAUUUCACCACAAAAAAAUUCCUUCGCAAGAAAAUUACCAUAAACACUAUGCUGUCCAAAGACUGCCAGGACUUGUUGAAGGUGUGUUUGGCUGUGAACCCUGAGGAGCGCGGCACUCUGGAGCAGAUUCUGCUGCACCCCUGGUUCUCCUAAUCCUGCACAACCGACCACCCAUUGGGCUGAGCCAACUGACUCCAAAGAACUCCAUCCUUUGGUCUUAUAGUCUACACCGCGUUCCAAAUUAUUACGCAAAUUGUAUUUAAGUGUCAUAAAGAUUACAUGUUUUGUUUUUCAAUUAAACUCAUGGAUGGUAUUGUG